AGUUAGAUUAUUAAUACUUAAGCAAGAUAAUACUUGUCAAUUAACUCAAGAUGGAGGUAUUGGACAAAAUGCUAGCUUACCAUCAUCAGCAGUAUUUGAAAACUUGAGCAAUCUCGUUGAUAGUCAUGUAAAAAGAAAUUUUAACAUAGUAUAUGAAAAAAUACAAAAUAUUGAAUGCUCCAAAUGUGAUUAUGAAACAACUAUAUGUUUUAAUUGGCGCAUUGAAAAAAAUUGGUAUAAAAGAUAUCUUCUUGGACCCAAAUUUAACCCAACUAGAGAUAAAGGGUUUUUAAGAGGACCUUGUGCUGUGAUAUUAGAUUUUAUUCAAGCAUAUCGAUUUAUUGAUCUUGGAACAAAUAAUGCUUUAGCAAUUAGAGAUAUAGUUGAAGAAAUUGGAGAUUUAAAACGAAAAUUUGAUGAAAAUGAUGGAGAAAAACAAAAUAAAGAUAAAAAUAAUACACCUACUCCAACUACAACUAUUUUAGCACCAACAACAACAAAUUUACCAACAACUACAACUAUUACUAUACCAACACCUACAACCUCUUUACCAACAACAACUACAACUAUUACUUUUUCAAAACCAUAUACUAAUAUCGAUAUUACAACAACAAAAACAACAAAAACUACCACUGUUUUACAAACAACACCAAAAACAGUUUUAAAAACAACUACAACAAUUCCUAAACUAGAACAAUUCGAUAAUUUAAUUAGUUGUCCUAUUUAUACUAUAUGUGAUAAAUUAAACUUAAAAAAACAAUCAACAGCAUAUGAUAAAAUGAGAGAAAUUAUCAAUAAACUUACAGAUGUUCAAGUAAAGGAUUUAGUAGAUAAAAUACAAAAACUUAUUAAACAAUAUG